AUAGAGUAAUAUAAAUUUUUAAUGGGUCAAAAUGAUUAAAUUAAAUAAAUAAUAAAGUUAGUUUAAUAUUUAAAAUAGUGAGUAAAUAAAAUCGGAAUUAUAAGGAAUGAUCUAAGAAUAUUGUGAGGAAGGAAUUAUUAGUAAGAAAAGUUUAUGGAAGAUUCUAGAAAGGGAAAUCAAAAAUUUAAAGGACCAAAUAUUUAUUUAUUAGAAAAAGUCAACCUCCUUGCUACCGUUGAAAGUAAAGAAAAGGAAAGAUUUCGAAUAAAUGAAAGAAGAAAAGUAAAAACAAAAAAAAACUGUGUAAAAGGUAUUUUAUAUAAAUAAAAAUGUAUAAAAACAAAAACAAUAGUAUAAAUGAUAUUCUUUCGAAAAAAUACAGUAAAUUAUGUAAAUUCCUCUUUAAUAAAAGGAAAAUUACCUGCCCUGUUUAUGUACUUUACUUCUUACCAUCCUUGCAAUUUCGUCUUACUUUCCAUGUCGCGUGUGAUGUAUUACUAUGUUUCCAAGUCCACAUUGCAAAUACAGAGAGAUAGUUGGCUUUUUAUAUGCUUCGAAGCAGAGAAAAAUAGCAAGUCUUUUUAUCAAACUUAAUAUCACCAUUUUCAUCUCUUGUCCCUCUUCUUCAGUUCUUUUUAUCAUUAAUUAAGUCGGAUCUCAUUUCUCUUUAAUAGAACUCACACCCUUUUCAUUCACAUGGCGACAACCUUUCUGCUAGAUGAGGCUGCUCCAUUCUUUCGGAAAGAUGAGAAGGAAGACAUAAUAGCGUCGCUGCUAUCAGUUGAUGAUGCUACUCUUGAUACCGAUCCUCCGAAAGUGAUUUGCAUAUUUGGAAUGGGCGGUCUGGGUAAGACAACCCUUGCUAAAUCUGUUUAUAAUCAUAGGGAAGUUCAAGAAUGCUUUGAUGUCAAGGCAUGGAUUAGCGUUCGCGAGGAGUUCGAUGUUUUCAGAAUACUAAAACAGAUCCUUGAGGUCACUGCAGGAACUAGCGAGCACAAUAGUACUCGUGAUCAUCAGAAUAUAUUACUUGAACUAAAAGAAAAAUUGGAAGAGAAAAAGUAUUUGAUUGUUUUAGAUGAUGUUUGGAAUGACAAUAAAGCUGACUGGGACUCGUUAUUGGGGCAUUUAAAGACCGCACGGACUUCACAGGGAAGUAGGAUUAUCAUCACAACACGGAACGAAACUGUAGCAUUUGCUGCAGGCGCUGUUCGAUCUCUUCUUUUAAGAUUUCUAAGAAAUGAGGAAUGCUGGUCUUUGUUUACUCAUUUGGCAAUGAUGAUUCCACUGAACAUCAUCGGGACAUAGAAAUAAUUGGUAAAGAAAUAGCGAAGAAAUGUAAAGGUCUACCUAUAGCUGCAAAGAUGCUUGGAAGUCUUUGCCACUUCAAAAAAGAUGUUGAGGAAUGGAAGAACAUAUCCAAGAGUAUGGAUGAUAAUUUGGAUUUUGACAUUCUUCCAGCUGUAAAAUUAAGUUAUGAUAAUCUUCCCUCCCACCUAAAAGCAUGUUUUGCCUAUUUUGCAAAAUUUCCUCGAGAUUAUGAAUUUGCAAAUGAGAAUUUAGUUCAUUCAUGGAUUGAAGAAGGUCUAAUACAAUCUGAAGAAGAAAAUAGGACAAAGGAAGAAGUUGCUGGCGAAUACUUUCAAGAUCUUGUGUCAAGAUCCUUUUUUAUCCAAUCAAGCAAGAAUACAUCAUGCUUUGUUAUGCACGAGCUCAUGCAUGAUUUAGCUAUGUAUGUCUCCAAAGAAUUUUUUCAAGACUCAACUGUUCAAAGAGACUCCGAGGUUGCUAUUGAUUGGGGAAUCACACUCGUAAAUGUCAGCCUUGAGAUUUUGCUGGUGACUUUCGACCAAAUUGCUUCACCGAAAAAGCCUCACUGUGCCCUGAUCGCCUUGGUUUUGUCUUUGGCAGCUAUGUUUGUUUGUAUAACUGAACUCGUUCACAAGGGACGAAAGCAUAAUAUUACUCUGCAGAGGCAAGGCUUUGGAUGUUCGCUUCACUGUCCAUCUUCAAGUGAUAAUCCAUAUACCUAUAUUGAUGCUUUCAUCUUGGCAAGUGCGGUUGCUCAAUUGAUUUUCUCAAGUAUAGCAUUUAGCUUUCUACAUAGAGGUGCAGAGAAUCCAAUCAAAGUGUCCUUUGCUUCUAUCAUUUUCAUCAUCUGUAUGACCUCUUCCAAAUUUGUCAGGGCACCGGACUUCACCGGCCUUCCAAUUACAAGGGAAAAUUAAAGGCGUUCCAUCUUAAAAUGUUGUUCUCUUUAGAUGAUAAGAUAAACAUUGUACAUAGGGUCCUCUGAAGUUGAAAUUGCUGAUAGAAAUGGUAAUAGAUAUUCAGGAGUA